UAAUGUAAAAAACCAUGUAAAAUAUAUCCAUCAAUUUUUAAUAGUGCUCCAAUAGUGAAAUGGGCUCAAAGGAAAGAUAAUGUAUUUUUGAUAGUAGAAGUGAGGGAUUUAAAAGAAGAAAAGGUUGAAUUGACUUCAAAUUCACUUAAAUUUUCAGCAAAUGCAGAAGGUGUAAAUUAUGUAUUUGAAAUUAACUUCUUUAAUGAAGUAGUCGUUGAAGUAUUAAUCAAAUUUAAUUCCUAUAGGAAAGUAAAUGGACAAACUAUGGAUUAAAUGUCAGAUUUAUACUUUCUAAGAAAGAUAAAUUUACUUCAUAUUGGACAAGAUUGAUAAAAGAAACUCAUAAAUUGCAAUAUUUAUAAGUAGAUAAUAUAAAAAUAAUUGAUAGGUUGAUUGGUCUAAAUAUAUUGAUGAAGAUGAUGAGGCUGAAGAAGGAGGCAAAGGUUUGGAUGAUUGGGAUUAAAACAAAUUUUAGAAUUUUGAUCAUGGACACGAUCACGGACAUGAUCAUGGUCACGAUCAUUGUCAUGAUCACGGACAUGAUCAUGGACAUGGACAUCAUCAUGACGAUGAAGAUGAUGAAGAAGAUUAAGAAGAACCAAAUGCAGGUAACUUUUGAUAUAUAUUUAAUUAGGGAAUAUUGAUGAUUUAGAGAAAGAGGAGGAAGUCUAACAAAAUGAAUAGGCACCUAAAGAAGGUGAUCAAUAAAAAUAAGAAGUUGAAUGAG